AUGUGGGAUCACUACCGAAAGCUAAGAAAGGAAGAAAGACGCAAUAUCCGACAAAAGAAACGAGAGGGCGAAAUACGAGAGUGCGAGGAGCUUGAGAUGCUGGCCAAUAGGAAUAGCGCCCGAAAAUUCUACCAGAAAGUUCGGCGACUUACAGAAGGUUUCAAGACCGGGGCGUUUUCCUGUAAGAACAAAGACGGCGAUCUGGUGACGGACAUCCAGGGCAUUCUUAAGUUUUGGAGGAAGCACUUCUCGAAUCUAUUAAGUAGUGACAGCUGCGUAUGUCACAGAGAAUGUAGAGAAUGUGAAGAUCCCGAUACCCCAAUCGUUGACAACGGAAUUGACGUUACGCUACCCGACAAUGACGAGGUGAGAAUAGCGAUAACGCGCCUAAAGAACAACAAAGCCGCGGGCGCCGACGCACUGCCGACUGAGCUAUUCAAACAUGGUGGCGAGGGGCUGGUCAGUUGCAUGCUUCACCUCCUAUGCAAUAUAUGGUCGGAUGAAAGAUGCCUGUUGAUUGGAAUUUAA